CAGGAGUACUGGGACACCCUCGUUUCCCAGUGCAUCCCCUGCAGCCUCGUGUGCAGCCAGCGCCCGGCCAGGAGGUGUGAUGCUGUGUGUGCUUCCCAUGGAUAGGCUGGGGCUGGGAACAGCUCAGGAGCGAGACCAGGAUCAAGCGCUUGCAUCUCUGCAGUGCUCCCUUCUGGGGUCACAAGGCUACACCAGCACUCACGUCCCCUGUUGGGGCCACCCCACCCUCCAAAGGCAGGGCUGGGGAGCCACCACGUUCAGUGGAUGUGGGUAAUGAUAAACCCCCGACGUGGGACAGGCACUGAGAUGUCCUGAAAACAGGUGGGGAAAAGGAAAAGGGAGAGAGAAACUUUGCACCCAAACCCCGUGCUAGUGCCCUGCCAUGAGUCACAGGCUGAGGUUGACUUAACGCCGUCCCAGGGUUCAUUCAGUAGCCACAAGGGAGCAUCUCCUCCUUGAGGACAGGCGAUGCCAUUCCUGGCAUCCCGAGCUGCUGCUGAGGCAGGUUUUGGUGUGUCGCAAAGAGCCGUGCAAGCCCCAGGGCGGCAGCAGCAGCUCUGAGAGCAGCAGCCAGGAGCUCCCAGAGUCCAUGGAUUGCAACAAGAGACCCGGAUUUUACUACGAUGAUCUUGUGAAGAACUGCAUCAAGUGCAGCUCGGUGUGUGGGCAGCACCCCAAGGAAUGCGCCCUGUCCUGCGAGCCCACCCCUCCGGGGCCGGCGGCCGUGCUGGAGCAGAAGGCGUGUGCGGAGCAGGACCCGUGGCUGGUGCUGUACCUGCUGCUGGGGCUCUGCCUCUGCACCCUCAUCUGCUCCCUGCUCCUGGGCUGGACUCACCUGCGCAGGAAGGGAGAGGGGGUCUCCUGCCAAGCCAGCGCUGGGACCUGCCACUGCAAGGAGGACCCUGCCAAAGAUCGGCUGGUGGAAGCUGGCAGCGUUGGUGAUGGAUUCACCAGCAUCAGAAUCCCAGAGCCAGUGGAAACCUGUGGCUUCUGCUUCCUUGGACACAGCUCUGCUGUACAAGAGACCAAGUCCUGUCACAGCACCUCCUGUCAAGCUGGGGAAAGGGCUGCUCCCUCCUUUACCGGCAUCUGCAGCACGGGAAGCGCUGGGGCCAUUCCCAGCCCUGACGACGGCCACUUCAAAAUCAUCUGUUCUCCUUCCCAGGAGAAGACACCCAUGGUGUGACCACAGUGGAUGUUCCAGCACGGGAUCACAAUGGAGGGAUGCUCCCUCUGCCUCCAAACCAAAGCUGCUUCACCCUCUUGUUGCCAGUGACUGGAACAGCCUCUACCCAGCCCCGGCUGUGCCAAGGGCUGUAGGAUACAGACAGGGCUGGAGGUUGCACAGAGCUGUUUGCUUCCACUCAGGAAAUUAAAUUCCCAUUGUUCUUGUGCACUCCCAGUGAAAGAAGUCUCUUCCCAUGUAGCAGCAUCUGACUUCAUCCUCCAACUUGACCUCAGUGCAUCCCAGCCAUCGGGGACGUCUCAUGGGGGCUUUUCAUCCUGGUUCCACCCCCAGCAUCCCUGCAAAGGAACAGGCUGUGGUGCCUGCUGCUCACUGGUCCCCAUGGAGAGCUCACCUCUCCCUGCUUGGAGAUUCCAUUGCAUACCAGAACAAGUUGCAGCAGCUCUGUAAACAUCUCAAACAUGGAACUGGACCCAAGGAUUCACUGGUGAAACUUAUAAGGACCCAGUGUGGGAAGCUCCACUGUCAGCUUCCAGCACAGCCAGGGGUGAUGGUGAGGCUUUGCCUCAUGACAGGGCAUGAUGCUGCACACGAGGAGCUGGGACAGGCACCAAAAUCCUCAAUGGAAUUGGGUUUAAAUAUGAAAACUCAUCCAAGGCUGCGAUCUUUCUACAAAACUGGAUUUAUGUAUAUCUGACCUGGGUUAUCCUGAAGAGCUGGUAAAAGUGAGGAAUCAGCUGGAGAUAAAGCUGCUUUGAGAGUAUAUUUUUAUCUGACCUGGCUUUGAAAGCUACCAUGGAAAAAUAGGGGUUUCAAUGUGUAACUUGAGGUUCUCAUUUCCACUAAAGGAGACUGUAGGAAUUUUUUGUUUGGUAAGGAAUUGCUCCUGGUAGGAGCCCAUCCCCUCUACUGUCUCAGACUAGAGCUUCAAACUUGGAAGAAUAAACAUAAGUCAAUACAUGCACAAAUUUGUGCUGGGAAAGCAGACAGCUGGAGAAAACACAAGCAGAGUUCUAACAGAUUCUGUCCCUUCUACAUUAUAUAUCUCUUUAAAUGUAAAUACUUUCUUAUCAUUAAAAGGCAUCAUCUGGGA